CCUGGAUCUGGGGAUCGAAGGGAACCCACAGAUUUGGGCAAAAGGAGCGAGGGGCCUGGCGCCAUUCUCCCCAGCAGGGAGAUUAGAGGAGCGGGUGUGAGGAGGAGGAGCAAGCCCGGCCCAUGUCUGAUUCCCCGAACCUCAGUCACCCCCACCCCGGCCGCACAGAAGGGAGGAAGCCGCGUGCGGAACUGCAGCCUGGCCCGUGGGUUCCAGUCCUGCCGCCAGGGACGCCAAAAUAAACCUGUCCCUCCGCCCUCUCUUGCUGUCUUCACAGCACCUGGCAUCCGUGAAGCAGUCUACCCACCAUGUGCCCUUCCCUGGGACGUCUUCCAGAAGCCCUAUGUGUCUGGGGAGGCGGACUCGGCCUCCCGGGAGCUGACGGGCUCCGAGGAUUACCUGCUGCUCGCUUGUGAUGGCUUCUUCGAUGUUGUCCCCCACCAGGAAGUGGCCGGCCUUGUCUGGAGCUGUCUGGUCAGGCAGGGCAGUGGGCUCCAUGUUGCUGAGGAGCUGGUGGCUGCAGCCCGGGAGCGGGGCUCCCGCGACAAUAUCACAGUCGUGGUGGUCUUCCUCAGGGACCCCCGAGACCUGCUGGAGGGCGGGGCCCAGGGGGCAGGGGACCUGCCCUCUGGCCUCUCAGAGCUGGAGACCAACACGCCAGAGAGAAGCUAAGAGGCCUAGGCCCCCUGCCCCCACCCUGUGACGCCCUCCAGAUGCCUUAGGACCUGACAGG